AGCUUCCCACGUCUAUGAGGGAGGUGCUGCUAUAGCAUCACUCUCAAUUCUGAAGAUUUUUUCGUGUCGCCGACAUCACUGUAGAUAUAUAUAAGCGUCAUCUUGUAACAACUAAAUUCUAAUUGUACGUAACUACAUGCCCAAUGAUCAACCAACUUACUACUGUAAAACGAAGUGUAUGAUUUUCAAUAUCGGAAUUUUUUUUGGGCCACCACACGGCUUCAGCAAAGGCUGACAUUUUUCUACCAGAGCUGCCAGCUGCUUUUCCUUACUUGCGACGAAAAUGAUGGCGCCUCAACUGAGAAUGCUUUACGCCUUCGUUUCUACCGGUGGAUUUUCCACUUUGAAAUUUAUUUCUAUUUUAUCCUUUGCUUACAUUAACAUUGCCGACGGUCUCGCGCUCCAGAAGAAAGCCGAUGUUGGCGAUGCGCGGGUCCUGGUCGAUAACGCGGCCUACACGACUUCUGCGCACCACCACGACGACGUUGUGCCUCCAUAUGAUUAUAACCCAGGCGAGUUACUACAGCUCGAGGCUGCAGCCGAGCG